UUAGUCUAUUCAUCAAAAUGGCGCUGAAAGCACUUGUCGGGCAAAAGAUUAUGAAUGAGGUGAUCCGGUAUCGCCCCAAAGGAAAAGAUAACAGUAAGGUAGAAUGGCGUGUCCUCGUGGUGGACCAACUCUCCAUGCGCAUGGUCUCUGCAUGCUGCAAGAUGCACGACAUCUCGGCAGAGGGCAUCACUUUGGUGGAAGACAUCCACAAGAAGAGGGAACCUCUGUGCACCAUGGAUGGUAUAUACCUCAUCACCCCAUCUGAGAAGUCAGUGCAUGCCCUUAUCAAUGACUUUGCUGUUGGUAACCGCAUUAUGUACAGGGCUGCCCACGUCUUCUUCACUGAAGCUUGUCCUGAUGCAUUAUUUGAUGAACUGUCACGUAGCAAACUAGCUAAAUAUAUACAAACAUUAAAGGAAAUCAACAUUGCUUUCAUUCCAUACGAACAACAGGUGUUCUCCCUGGACUCACCAGAGACCUUCCAGUGCAUGUACAACCCAGCCCUGGCUCAGACCCGCAACGCCAACAUGGAGCGUAUUGCUGAACAGAUCGCCACACUGUGCGCCACCUUAGGCGAAUACCCCUCCGUACGUUACCGCAGUGAUUGGGAGCGCAAUGUGGAACUCGCUCAGCUUAUCCAGCAGAAACUCGAUGCCUACAAGGCGGACGAGCCAACAAUGGGCGAGGGUCCGGAGAAGGCUCGUUCACAGCUGCUGGUACUCGACCGCGGGUUUGACUGCGUGUCUCCGUUGCUGCACGAACUGACUCUACAAGCCAUGGCAUACGAUCUGCUGCCCAUUGAAAAUGAUGUCUACAGGUACGAGUCAAACCCGGGCAGCGGUCAGAUGAAGGAAGUCCUUCUGGACGAGAACGACGAGCUGUGGGUAGAGCUGCGCCACCAGCACAUCGCAGUCGUGUCUACCACCGUAACCAAGAAACUCAAGGCGUUUACUGAUAACAAGCGCAUGGGUGGAGAACAAAGCAAUCUUACAGGGGACAAGCAGUCGAUGCGCGACCUGUCUCAGAUGAUCAAGAAGAUGCCUCAGUAUCAGAAGGAACUGUCUAAGUACGCGACACACUUGCGUCUCGCUGAGGACUGCAUGAAGGCCUACCAGGGCUAUGUUGACAAGCUCUGCAAAGUCGAACAGGAUCUGGCGAUGGGCACCGACGCUGAGGGCGAGAAGAUUAAAGACCACAUGCGGAGCAUUGUACCAGUGCUCCUGGACCAGACGGUAACAAACUACAACAAGAUGCGUAUAAUCGCGCUGUACAUAAUGUCCAAGAACGGCAUUUCGGAGGAGAACCUCAACAAGCUGGUGACGCACGCGCAGCUCGACCCCGCCGACAAGCAGACACUGCUCAACCUCGCCAACCUCGGCCUCAACGUCGUUGUUGAUGGCAACAGGAAGAAGCAGUACCAAGUGCCCAGGAAAGAGAGGAUCACCGAGCAAACGUACCAGAUGUCACGAUGGACGCCAGUACUCAAGGACAUCAUCGAGGAUGCCAUUGAAGACAAGCUCGACCAGCGUCACUUCCCGUUCCUGGCUGGUCGCGCACAAACUUCUGGAUACCAAGCACCAACCAGCGUCCGCUACGGCCACUGGCACAAGGAUAAAGCCCAACAAACUGUCAAGAAUGUGCCGCGUCUGAUGGUCUUCGUUGUUGGAGGUGUGAGUUUCUCCGAGAUUCGCUGCGCGUAUGAAAUAACAGCCGCACUCAAGAACUGGGAAGUGAUGAUCGGUUCCUCUCACAUCCUCACCCCCGAGAACUUCCUCUCGGACCUCGGUUCUCUCACCAACUAAACCAACCUCACUACCUUAACGUCAAUGUAAUUAAUUUAAAGGCGCGGUAUAUUGAAUUUAGAAGUACACGGUCCUGCUAAGUGCCGCUUAUCAAGAUUUUAAAAAGUCUACAACAAUUUCAGAAUAUGCUAACAAGUUAAAUAUUCAACAGGUCAUUAGAAUUAAUAAAGUUUUUGUCAAAUUUUAAUGUUACGAGAGUGCACGAGUUGUAUAGAUGCUGCUUGUCAUCUGAGACUCGAUUUUAUAGUACAAUUUAUGGUCUAGUAAGAUGGCUACAUCACGAUUCGCGGUAAAUCAUUAGUUCAUGUAGAAAAAUGGCGCAAUUAGGCGCAUCCUUGGAUAGGUAUUAGACUCAGACUGUGGAAAUAUAAUGGUGCUGAUUCCAACAGACACCUCCUCACUUUAAGGAAAGGAAUUAGCACCAGUGCCACCAUAAAAUUGUGAUAUAUAUUAAUGUAGUAAAUUGUGCAGCUUGCAACUCGAACCAAUUGCAAUGUAAUUGUAUCUGUUCUCUCAACAAAAUUAUCGUCUUCGAUCAAAAUGGUACUAAUGUUGGUAAAAAAUAGUUUCGAUUAUUUGUAUUGAGCUCGAAAAUUAUAUUUGUAGUGAUAAUUAACUGAAAGUUUCUAAAUUCAGUAUUUGUAAAUAUAAUAAUCCUAAUUUUGUUACUAAGUGAACAAAAUAUUUAUAUUGUUAAUGUUUUUUGAAUUUUUAAGAAAGUUGCUUUUAAAGUUUAGUUUAAGAAUUUUGUUUAUAUUAUUUUAUUGUUUUAACUUAUUUUAAGUUUACAAUCGAAUAAUUGGAUCACUGACAUAAUACGUUCAAUUAAACAUGGUCUGAAUUGAAUAAUGUAUCUUAAACUGCUGUUAAAUUGUGGAGUGGUACGUAUGGUAUGUACCUUUGUGUAACAACAAUAUUGUUAGACAUAACAUAGGUUUAAUUAACGCCUUUAUCUUGUGUGGUACUAGAUGUAACUGUAGCUUUGUUUCGUCAUAUUACAAGCUUUUUUAAUGCCAAAUGCUAGAUCUUACUGAUGAGUUAGCUUUAGUCCUCAAACAUUGCGACUGGCAUGCACGAAGCACGUGCCCCAAACAUACAUUUUGCUGUUGAUUUAUUUAAUUAAAGUCUACAUCUAAACUGUAGUUUACAAUUCGCUAGUGUUUUUACUCUUAUCUCUAGGAAUUUAGACAACUUUUACAGCGUUCUACGUGUCGUGUUUAAUAAAAUAGCAAAUUGUUGAAUUGUUUUAACAUUCCAAUAUAUUGUAAUUAUUAUAUUUAUCCUAUAUCUGUUGUUACAUGACGCCAUCGGCUUGUCGUGGAAGAUAAAUUUAAAGUACUAAAUAAUAAGUGUCGUUUGUUUAAAAUAAAUCUGGUAUAAAUUAAGAUGAAAUAAAUUGUUGAAUCAAUAAGCAUUUGUUGACAGAAUAUUACUACAUAAUCCUGAAAAUUAACAGCACUUGUCAACAUUUAAUGUUUUUAAUAUAAAAUGUCAUAUUUGAACAAGUUUCUGUAGUAUACCUUACAAGGUAAACCUAUUAUUAGGAUAAUACAACAUUAAUUUGUAUAGCUAACCAUAUUGUGCAAUUAUGUAGAAAACAUAUUAUUGAACUUAACUAUCAGUAUUCAACUGUUAAGAGAUUUAUUAAAUUAUUUAAUCGUCA